GAGCCCCUGCUGCUUGCGCGGGCGGCCCCGUGCUCGGCCUCUUCCGGUGCGGCAGCGGCGGCGGCGAGAUGCCCGGCGUGACGGUGAAGGACGUGAACCAGCAGGAGUUCGUGAGGGCGCUCGCCGCCUUCCUCAAGAAGUCCGGGAAGCUGAAGGUGCCCGAAUGGGCGGACACGGUGAAAUUGGCCAAGCACAAGGAGCUGGCGCCCUAUGACGAGAAUUGGUUUUACACCCGGGCAGCCUCCACGGCCCGACACCUGUACCUGCGGGGUGGGGCGGGCGUGGGCUCCAUGGCCAAGGUUUACGGGGGCCGGCAGCGCCGCGGGGUCCGGCCCAGCCACUUCAGCCGCGGCUCGGGGGCCGUGGCUCGCCGCGUCCUGCAGGCGCUCGAGGCCCUCAAGGUGGUGGAGAAGGACCAGGACGGGGGCCGCAAAUUGACUCCUCAGGGGCAGCGGGACCUGGAUCGCAUCGCCGGGCAGGUCGCUGCCGCCAGCAAGAAACACUGAGGGAACCAAAAAUAAACCAAAAUAAAAUGAG